UUAACAACAGAAACAUGUACGCCAAGCUUAUCGUCGCUCUUUGCGCUCUGGGAGUCGCUCAUGGAAGCGGACUCCUGGCAACAGGGCCAGUAGCGUACGGCAGCCACGCCAUUGCCGGGCCUCUGGCCUACGGCGGCCACGCCAUUGCCGGGUCUUUGGCCUACGGCGGCCACGCCCUCGCCGGGCCAGCCGUGGUGUCCCGCACCAUCACUCCCGCCGUGUCCUCCGUGUCCUCGUACUCCACCCAGACCGCUCACGGCUCUCCCAUCGCCACCUACGCCGCCGCUCCAGCCAUCGCCACCCGCGCCUACGCCGCGCCCGCCAUCGCCACCACCUACGCUGCCGCCCCAGUCGUCACCAGGACCAUCACUCCCGCUGCCACCUCUUACUCCUCCUACUCCACCCAGACUGCUCACGGAUCUCCCAUCGCCACCUACGCCGCCGCUCCAGCUGUCGCCGUACACUCUGCUCCCGCCGUGGCCGUGACAAGGACUAUCUCUCCUGCCGUCUCCUCCUACUCUUCUUACUCAAGCCAGACCGCGCACGGAGCUAGAGCCAUCGUUGCUCCCGCAGCGUAUGCCGCACCAGCUUACACUUCCUACUCUAGUCUUGCUGCCCCAGCAUACUCCACCUACGCUGCCGCGGCUCCCAUUCUCCGGUCAUCCGUAGCGUACUCUGCUGCUCCAGCAUACUCCACCUACACCGCUGCAUCUCCAGUUAUCUCCAGCUACGCUCGUCUGGCUUCCCCAGCAUACUCCACCUAUGCCGCCGCUGCUCCCGUUCUCCGGUCAUCCCUGGCCUACUCUGCUGCUCCAGCUGUCUCCCACAUCUCUUACAACGCUCACGGUGCCAACUACGGAUGGUAACUGAAUCAAUCCAUGUGAUAAACUGUUGUGUAAAUAAAAUUUAAAUAAAAUAACUAAAUCUUA